GGGCACAGAAAGGCUGAGGGAGGGGGGAGGUCAUUGCAGUAACGGGGUAUAAAUUAAAGGCACCCACGUCUUUUUUCACCUCAGUGAAAUAGUCAAGCAAUUUGCAAGGCAGAACUGAGAGCGAGAGGCUGCAGACAGCCACUCGUUUAGGGAGAGAAAGGAUUAGGCAUUAGCUCUGCAUCCUUUCUGCUUGUGAAUCCAAGUUUCUUCCCUCCCUCUUGCUGCUGAGGACGCAACUCCAGGGAUGCAAUACAUCAUAGGUAUAGGGGGUGUGACCAACGGUGGCAAAACCACAUUGACCAACCGGCUUAUCAAAACACUUCCAAACUGUUGUGUUGUCCAUCAGGAUGAUUUUUACAAGCCACAAGAUCAGAUAGAAGUCGGGGAAGACGGCUUUAAACAAUGGGAUGCGCUGGAAUCAUUGGACAUGGAUUCAAUGGUGAGCACAGUGCAUGCAUGGAUUGAGGAGCCAAGGAAGUUUGCCCGCUCCCAUGGGGUGAACGUUAGGUCUAACUCUAAAGAACCCGUCCCAGAGGAUAUCCACAUCCUGGUCAUUGAAGGCUUCCUGCUUUACAAUUACAAACCACUGACCGACGUGUUCAACAAAUGCUACUAUCUGACAGUUCCCUAUGACGAAUGCAAAAGGAGGAGGAGUACACGACAUUAUCCUAUACCUGACCCACCUGGUCUUUUCGAUGGACAUGUGUGGCCUAUGUAUUUAAAAUACAGGAAGGAAAUGGAGACUCAUGGGGUUGAUGCUGUUUAUCUGGAUGGAUUGAAGUCCAGAGAUGACCUGUACAAUCAGGUCUUUGAAGAGAUUCAGAACAUGCUUUUAAAUUGUUCGUAGAGAAAUAUGCAUCUGCUUCUAUGUGUAUCGGUUGACCCCACUGAAAUAGCACUCGGGUAUUACUUUCUUCUUACUUUUCAAGGUCUGAGGAAAGCUGAAGGACCCAGGUGUACAUCAGAUGUAGAUAAGUGCUUUAGACAUUAGAAGAUAGAAUCACGGAGGGUUUAUUUGUGUAAACCAGUCACAUACUGUCCUUUGGGAAAGGUCUUAUGUAUAUAAUUGAAAAAAAGAGAAGUUAUUUACGACACAGGCGCAGACAGUUUUUUAUAUUCCACUGGUUUAAAUAUGUAAUGGUUUAAGAUGCAUUUUUAUAACAAAACAUUCAGAAAACCACCAUCUGGUCUGCCUGUAUUUCUGAGCUGAUGUUAAACCUUUGUUUUAUUGCUUGUGACACCACCUUUUAAGUUCAAGUUUUUAAAAACAUGCUGAUCGGAAGGAAAUUAGCUGAAUGUCAGUCAAACCUCUAUGUAUUAUUUUUAUGCUUGAACCAAAUUUGCAUUUACCCUAAAAUAUUGUGGCUUUCAGGAGGCUAGUGCCUCUCCCACUCUGGAGUUCUCCACAGUCGGAGGCCUCUUAAUUAUCAACACCUCUGUGAGUAUAUUGAUGUUACCACCACCAUCCCCAUGCAUUAGA